GAAAAAUUGAGAAGAAAAAGAGUAAGAGGAAAAAAAAGAAAAUUAAAGGUCGUUUUUUAACUUUGGCCAAUGAUGCUGUAAGCAAGAGGACAAAAUUUUUAAGUUUAAAAAAGUGAAGGAAAAAUCAUUCUAAAAUUUGAGAUUAGGCCAAUUGUACAAUUAUCUCGUAAAUAAUAAGUACAUAAAGUAGGGAAAAACAUAGUAUAAAAGGGGAAGCCAAAAUGAAAAGACCUAAACAAUAAAAACAUGGUGGAAAAUCAAAGAAGAGAAAGAGAGAUGGGAUGUACAGAAACAGAGAAAGAGAAAAGAAAGAAGAAAGGAUUAUGGUCACCUGAGGAAGAUGAAAAGCUGAGAAGCUUCAUUCUCAAAAAUGGCCAUGGCUGCUGGACAUCUGUCCCCACUAAAGCUAGUGAAGCAUUUCCCUUUUAACUCCCAACCAAUCAUUCUUUGUUUUCAUAACAUUAAAAUUUUGAACCCUUUUUAAAAAUUUCAAGAGCAGGGUUACUAAGAAACUCAAAGAGCUGCAGAUUGAGAUGGAUCAAUUACCUAAGGCCAGGGCUGAAAAGAGGAAUGUUUAGCCAACAAGAAGAAGAGAAAAUCUUGACCCUUCAUCGCUUGUUAGGCAACAGGUGGUCUCAAAUAGCACAACAUUUAGUAGGAAGAACAGACAAUGAGAUAAAGAACUAUUGGAAUUCUCAUUUGAAGAAGAAAGCAAUCUUGGAAUUGCAGGAUUCAAAAAGUAGAGUUCAUUCGAAUCGAGAUCCGCUGUUGGAGAAGAUGGGAAGAUCGGGAAAUGAGCAGAGGGGAAGCCAACCGAAGGCCUUGUUUGCAGAAUGGCUUUAUGAUAUUAAUGGUGGGAGCUCCAUGGAAGGAAGCUUUGAUAAUGAGGGAAGAACGGCAAGCAGAGAAGGCUAUGGUUUUGAGAUGCUCAAUUGGGACCUUGAUUUCGAGGGACAAAUUUCUGAUGGCUUUGCAACUUAAAUUAUGGUAGAUUAAUUAUGUGCUGUUUUUCCAAACUUCAAUUUGAAACAUUCACCCUAAUAUGUAAAAUACAGUUAGAAAUAUGUUCAUUACUAUUAGAUGGUAUAAUACUAAAUUUAUCUUCAUCAGUUUAA